GGCAUAUUACGUGGUCAUCGCCCGUCUGUCCGUCGCCAUCGCAGUCAAUGUGCGGUUCUGGGCUGGGGCCUGACCCAAGAGGGAAAGAAGCGUGAACAAGAUCACUCGCAGGCAGCGGCAACAGCAGCAGGAAUCGCGUUUUUUUUUCGUCUCACCACCACCGUCGUCAUCGUCAUCAUUGCGCGGUAGAGACGGUAGAGCCGUUGUCGUUCAGUGUGCGGCGGUGUGACCACUAGCUAGGGCCCGAAACGAAAGCGAGCAACAGACGACACACAGCACCGAGCACACGGAACACAGCGCGCGCGGCAUUGCCUCAAGGGGCGAAGGCAAACGGAACUGUGUGUGCGGUGUGGUGCGGUGCGGUACGCGCGCGGUGUGGCUGGCAGGCCUUGGCUUCCGUCAUCACCACCAUCAUCAUCAUCGGCAUCAUCGCCGCCGUUGUGGUCGUCGUCAUCAUUGAAGCAGUAGGCGCUCUCUGCUCGGAUGGUCGGUCGCUUUACCUUGUGCCUCGUUGCCGCUGCUGUUGCUGCUUCUGCUGCUAGUAGCUAGCCAGUUUCGGUCCGCUCGGUUUCAGCAGCCAGUAGUGGCCGCCCAUCCUGAAAAACCUUUGUGUGUGCGUCCGUCCGUCCGUUUGGUUCGUUCGUCGCCGAGGGGUGCUUUUUGAAAACGGUUCGGGGACUGGACGGUCACAUUCGCGUUGGCUGUCCCGUGGAACAGUGUGCGGUUGGGAUUUUUCCGUGUUUUACGUGAAUCUGGGAUAGUGUGAUCUGAGGCCAAGAAAGAAGGAGGAAGCAAAGUAAGCAAAUUGCUGGUUUUGUUGUGGAAGAAUAGCUCUCCAGUGCUACGGUGGAGUAGAGGAUUGUUUUUUUUUUGUGUGGAUUGCGCCGGAGACUGGAUUCUGUGCGGAAGCAGUGGCAGUGCUGUUUCUAGAAGAAGCUGAGAAGAAAGAGUGUUUUGUUGGAUACGCAUUGAUUAACAGCAGUGGGACGAACACGCGGAAGAACAUCGCGACAGGGAUUGAACGCGCAGACUGUUGCGAAUAAGAUCCCGCCCAAAUGACCGACUCGCCUCUCGCAAUGGACGACGGUUCCGAUCAGGAACUAAGCCGUCACUCCCACCAGCCGGAACCGACCGACGGACUCCACGUUGGGAGCAACCGGCUUCCAAAUGGCAUCGUGCCAGUUCUCAGCGAUAGCAACGAAGUGGCCGUCCUGCGGGACGAGAACAGCCGCCUGCUGACCACCCUGCUGGAGUACAAAAAGAUGCUGGACACAACCAAGUUGCGGUACGGAACCAUGAAGCGGGAAUUCUACGCAGCCAAGAAGCGUAUGAAACGUUUGGCCGAUAAGUUGCAAAAUUCCGGAUCCACAAAUGUGAUGGAUAGCAGUGACAGUGGAGGAAGCACUCCGAUGCAGCAACAGCAGCAGAAUGCCAAUGCCCCGGUGGAUGAAGAUAUCCGCAAGAAGUGGAAAGAACCGAAUCUGAAGGCGGCCAUCAAAUUGAAGGCUGCCAUUGGGGUCCAAUCGUACCAGUCGCUGAUUCGCGACGGAGAACUUCAGCUGCCCAGUUUGCGAACCAUAUCGCGAUAUGUGGACGCUCUGAAGAAGGCCGGAUUGAAGCCGAACUAUGAUUUCAACGUGCGUGACUCGGACACCGUGGGGAGCAAUGUGUUUGUGGAAGAAGACGGGGAGGAGGAAGACAGUGGCGAGGUGGAUCACAAUAGGAAUCAGGCGGGAAAGGCGACACUGCUGGAGCAGCAAUUGCAGCGGCCACCGGCACGACAGCUGUCGCGGGACGGUUCCGACGGGGAGGAUCCGGUUGAUUGCACUGCCAUGCCCGAUAUUAACUACUUCCGCGGCAAAAUGGAACAUGACGAUGAUCUGGACGAUGACUUCGAUGAAGACCAAGCGUCCGAUUUGUACUCCAACGGCGUCGGCGGCGGCGGCGGUGGUGACCCCAAUGACCUUACCAACAGAGAAAACUACCAGCGCCAUCCCAACCAACACACCUACCAGCAGCAGCAUACCCUCACAAUGGCUCACAUCGAGUUCCUCAAGUCGAUGACUGGUUUCCGGAAGAAGUGGACCCCCUUCGAGCUGCGCACUUGUAUGGACAUCCGAAGGAUCAUUGGCAGCAAGGAAUACGACUCGCUGCGGAAAAACGACGGAAUGCCACUGCCAAGCGCCAAAACCCUGCGAAAGUACAAACACACGGUCCACCUGGACGGAGUGGACGUGAUGAGCCGGAAGCGAAGUUACCGCGAAAUGGUCGAAGGCCUGGUCACCAAUGGACACGGUGUGAACGGCGAGCUGCCCGACGACGACAUCCUAAACGCGGAAGAACCGGAUGGAUACUUUGACAUCAACAACCUGACCGAACAGCAGAUCGAUUUCCUGCAGUCGCUUUCCGGUAACACGAAAGGUUUCUCCGACUACGAACUGCAGAAAACGCUGGAGUUGAAGAACGAACUCGGUGGCCAAAAUUACGAAAUUCUGCGGAAGCAAGAAUGCCUUCACAUUCCAACGUUGGCGGUGUUGAAAAGGUAUGAGCACGACAACGGCCUGGAGGAUCUAUCGGCGAUGGUGGCCGCCGAGGACGUUGACGACGAUGACGACCAGGAACCGGAACAGGAACCGGAGCAGGACUAUGAUAAUGAACUGCAGGCAAUGGACCACUACGCCGGGGGCGGUAUGAACGGAACCGGCGACGACUCGCACAUGGGCGUCUUCGAGCACCAUUCCAUCUUCGAUAAGGACGUGACGGCGUUCGACAUGAGCAAACUGUCGCAGCAUCACGUCGAGUUCCUCAAUACACUGCCGGAGAAUCCGAAACGGUGGACACAGCACAUGAUCAAUUCGGCGCUGAACAUCAAGAACGAAAUCGGCACCCGCGACUACGAGCUGCUCCGGAGGCAGGGCAUUCCCCUGCCGGCGGCGAGGACCCUCCGACGGCACAAGGACAUCAAGAGUCGGCUGAAGGAGGAGUAUUCGGAAGGGGUUUAAGGGGGAGGGCGUCAGACAGUAGGCAAUAGGAUAUUGUUUAACCAUUUUUUGUUUUAGUUAUUUUUUUUAUCAUAGUGAGGUACCUGUAUUAUAGCGUUAGAUCUGAGUGCGAGUUAGGGAGGGUCUCGAUUUUGUAAAUAUUAGUCGUCGCGCGAGGUCAGUUCAAAAUGUUGAGGAAACAAAUGGCGCCAAAAAUAAUGCGAAAGCAAUGUCAACCGACUACACUUACACCGUCUAGGAUUAGGGAAAAACUACAGCUCGAAGAUAGAGAGGUUUGAUCGUGAAAUUAAUUCCAUUUUGAAUAGCACAGAGCGUGCAGUGGUUUCUUUGUACCAAUCACGUGAACAGAUUUUCGAGAAUCGUGUGUACAUGUUAAUGCAUAAAUCAGAAGACGAGAUGUGUAAAAUACUUAAAAAGCGGAUGAAAUACAUAUAUCUAUUUGAA